ACUGCCCUGUUUAAAUAGGUGUAUACGUCAUUGCAUACGAGGCGGAUGCAUUCCAGGCAGGUAUCUAUGAUUGCUGCUUGCCUUACCCUUACAUAUAAGAGACAACAUCUCUUCCGUCACCCAAAGUCUACGAAUCCCGAACUUUAGAAGACACACUCCUAACUACUAUCAACAUCUAUUUACGAAAACACUUAACACUAAACCCGCCAAAAUGCCUCUCGUCGUCCCAGGAAUCACCGACAACUCUCAGGACAAGACCACACAGUGGUCCAGCAAGCUAGUAGGAAAGACAGUAUCCGAAAAUGACCACAGCGAGACGAACUUCUGCAAGAAGGAUCUCCCUCAGCAAUGCCGUGUCAUUCAACCUGGCAUGAUGGUGACUAAGGAUUUCGUCCCGGACCGACUGAAUGUCCAUGUCAAGGACGACGGCACUGUAAGCCACGUUCAGCAUGGUUAGACAUUUUACCUAUGCAAUCCACGCCUUUGUAUGACGGAUAUGAAGCUGUUGGGCUCAGCUGGUUGGGCUUGGAAUGGAGGGGUUCGCCGGAAAGGAACAUUAUACGUAACCUAUGCACUUAGUACCCUUUAAUAUCAGCAAUAAGAAUGACUAGCAAUUACUCAUCAGCA